CGGCGUUCCAGGGAAUGGUGGCCGAGCUGUGCGGGGCCCUGCGCUGCCACCUGCGCCGCGUGGCCGCCCGAGGGCAGCCCGGAAUGUUCUACCUGCUGGAGACGGGCACGGAGCCCUUCUUCGACAGGGUGAAGGCCCUGCUGAAGGCCGAGGGCUUUGUGAGGGUGGAGCCCCUGAACUUCUGCAGAGCCCAGCACCAGGACAGCGAGCGGCUGCUGGUCAUCAUCAGGAACGAGGACAUCGCCUCCCACAUCCACACCGUGCCCUCCCUGCUGGAGCUGAAGCGCUGUCCCCGCGUGGUGUUUGCUGGUGUGGACGAUCCCGAGGAGGUGACAGGUGACACAUUCCAGGAGCUCUUCCAGGCCGGAGGGUUCGUGGUGUCCGAUGAGGAGCUGCUGGAAAAGGUGACCCUGGGCCAGCUGAAGGAGGUGGUGAAGGUGCUGGAGAGGCUGAACAGGAGCGGGAGGUGGAAGUGGCUCCUGCACCACAGGGAGAGCAAGAAGCUCAGAGGAGACCUCAGCAGGGAGGAUGGCAGUGCCCAGAGGAAGCAGCUGCUGCUGAGGUGGUGCCAGGGGGCAGAGCUGCUGGAGCUGCUGCCCUUCCACGGCUGCGACUCCGCGCCCGAGCCCCGGCGCGCCCAGUGCCUGCGGGAGCUGCAGGUGCAGCACGUCCGCGCCAGGUUCGCCGUGUACCUCACAGAAAAUGCCAGCAGCAGCUGCAGGGAGGUCCUGGAAAGCCAAGGAAUUCUUGUGGCUGACAUCACCACCUUCCUGGGGACGGUGCAGAAAGUGGCUGCUCCCUUUAGAAGAAGCUACUGGUGACAAAGUGAAGCCACCAGGACACGGCUCCUCCCCGGGCCCUGUGACACCAGUUUGGGCAUCCCGGUCCUGUGGGGGACGUCCCCACCAUCCCAGUGGAUCCCCACCAACCAUCCCAAUCAGUCCCAGUGCAUCCCAAUGAUUCCACUGGAUCCCCACCAUCCAUCCCAAUCAAUCCCACUAAAUCCCAGUGAUCCCAGUGGAUCCCCACCAUCCAUCCCAAUCAAUCCCACUGGAUCCCAGUGAUCCCAGUGGAUCCCCACCAUCCCUCCCAGUGGAUCCCAGCAGCUGCUGGAGGUGGGGGAAAGUCAGGUUUAGCUCUGUACAUAAAUCUUAUUUAAAGGUGGGAAUUGCAAAUCCUCAGGGAUUCAUUCCUGCCAUGCAGUCUCCCAUAGGAAAGGUUCUUUUAACGGUACAGCCAAAUUAUUGAGGUGGUUUUAAGUCUUUUCGUGCAGCUGCCGUCGGAGCAGGGAAAUGAAUUUCCCAAAGUCUACUUGAAGAUGAGGAAUGAGAACAAAUCCCUUUGCCCCGUGGUCGUUGCUGUUCAGGCCCACACUACAUUUCAGCUCACCCCCGUUGCCUCCUGGUACCGGUUCCCUGCUGGGACUCGUGGAAUCCCAGCUCUGGAAUCCUUGUAAAUAGCGGGAAGCCGGGCUGCAGGGACACAAUAAGCUCUUAUUUAUGGGGGCAGCAGCACGGCCCAGCCCCGUUCCCAGCCCGGCUCUGCGGGGCAGGGGCCUCCUUCAGCUCGUUUUUAAAUCCAGGACUGCCAGGCCGCUCUGUACAGGAUGACUUUGUAAAGAGUUUGAUUAAUAAAACCUCCAAAACCA